CUAAAAGUGAUUUUUGCCAUCUCCACUAAUUUCGCCUUUCCCUUUUUUAAAUUCCUCCCUCCCAUCGUUCUUCUCUGCAUUUCAUUCUCUCUCUCUCCCCCCAGUCACCCAAACCCCCUUCUCUCUCUCUCUACUGCACUACAAGUAACACGCAUCCAUGGCGGAAACGGCGGCUGAAGAUAACACCCAACCCAUCCAACGCAAGAAUCUCUGUGUCGUCGUCCUCAAGGCAUCCAUCCACUGCGAGGGCUGCAAGAAGAAAGUCAAGAAAAUCCUAAACCAACUUCCAGGCGUAGAAGAUGUCGACGUCGAUACGCGGCAGCAAAAGGUUACGGUCGCCGGCGCCGUCGACGCCGAUACUUUGAUUAAGAAAUUGGCUAAAUCCGGCAAGCACGCUCAGUUAUGGCCACAGCCGGAGAACGGAAAAGCCGACAAAAGUAUUACCGGAAAAAAGGCGGAGAAGAAAAAGAUCCUUUCCGAUCAUCCAUCUCCGCCGGAUUCCAACCCGACGGAGCCGACUCCAUCGGCGAAAGGUGUCCAAUCGCCUGCCAAAUCAGAUUCCGGCGAAAGCGGCGACGGCACGAAUACUGCUAAACCAACCGCUACCGAUGCUCCGACGACGAAAGUGAGCUCUUCAACCGAAGUCGAAGAAACGAAACACGACGGCAAGGAAAUCGACGGCGGAGAGACACCUAACGCGGCGGAGAAGAAGGAAAAGAAGGCAGAGGCGACGGAGCAGGAAAGCAGCAAUGGCGGCGGCGCGUCAGGUAAGAAGAAGAAGAAGAAGAAAGGGCAAAGUGGUAACCGCUCCGCCGCGAGUGGAGCAGAGAAUCAGGUCCCCGGUCCAGCGCAACCACCGCCUGCACCAGCCAAUGAAAUCCUGGCACGUCAUCAACCCCUAUACCCCUACUAUACCCCACCUCCGGUCUACGCCGUGAGCUACAACACGGCGAACCCUACCCCUACGACGUCGUAUUACGCACCGCCGUAUUAUGCGUCUUACGGGUACAUGCACGCCGACGCCCGCCCCGAAACUCAUCUGCCGCCGUUGGAUCUGGAGUCCAACAAUCCACGGCAGCCGUUGGAUUCCUUUGAAAUAUUCAGUGAUGAGAAUCCCAAUGGCUGCAUUGUAAUGUGACCAUAAUUAAUUAAUUUAUUAAAAUUGUCACAAAGUAUAUACUUCCGGACUAGUUGAGGUCACUCAUACGGUAUUCUAGAUAGUAAUGUUUAGUCCA